AUGUCCAAACUGGCCGGCAAGCCCCAGAGCAGACACAAAACCAGGAGGUCUCUCUCCCCCACACUGAUUCGGAAUCACAUGGGCAAUCAUAGCACAGAACAGCACUUCCUCCUGCUGGGUUUCUCCGACUGGCCCUCGCUGCAGCAGAUCCUCUUCGUCCUCAUCCUCCUCUGCUAUCUCCUGACUCUGGCGGGCAAUUCGGCGUUGGUGCUGUUGGCCGUGCGCGACCCGCGCCUGCAUACGCCCAUGUACUACUUCCUCUGUCACCUGGCCCUAGUGGACGCAGGCUUCACGACAAGCGUGGUGCCGCCGCUGCUGGUCAACUUGCAAGGUCCACCGCUCUGGCUGCCGCGCGGCGGCUGCAUGGCCCAGCUGUACGCCUCGCUGGCUCUGGGUUCAACAGAAUGCGUCCUCCUGGCCGUGAUGGCGCUGGACCGCGCGGCCGCCGUGUGCCACCCGUUACGAUACCCCGCACUGGCUUCCCCGCGCCUCUGCAGUGCGCUGGCAGGCGCCUCGUGGCUGGGAGGCCUCACCAACUCUGCCGCGCAGACGGCUCUCCUGGCUGCCCGGCCGCUCUGUGCGCCCCACCGGCUGGAUCACUUCAUCUGCGAGCUGCCCGCGCUGCUCCAGCUGGCCUGCGGAGGCGCCCGAGAAAACGUGGAGCGCCAGAUGUUUGCCGCGCGCGUGGUCAUCCUGCUGGUGCCGUCCACCGUCAUCCUGGCCUCGUAUGGGGCGGUGGGCCGCGCUGUGUGGGCUAUGCGCUCCGGAGGAGGACGGCGGAAGGCGGUGGGCACCUGUGGCUCCCACCUGACCGCCGUCUGCCUGUUUUAUGGUUCCGCCAUCUACACCUACCUGCAGCCCACGCACAGCUACAACCAGGGGCGGGGCAAGUUCGUUUCUCUCUUCUACACGGUGGUCACGCCCGCCCUUAAUCCACUUAUCUACACACUCAGGAAUAAGGAGGUGAAGGGGGCCGCGAGGAGGCUCCUGGGGAGCCUGGGGAGAGGGCGCACCCGACAGUGA